AAUUAAUGCAAAGUUAUGCAAAAUCUAAAAAAAAAUUAAUUAAACACUCCAAGAAGGAUAAUAAUAUUAAAAGGCUUAUCAUUAAAAAUUAGCUAAAUAAAUAAAAACUUAUUAAUUUAUUUUGUAUAUAGUUAGAUUAUAUGGAUAAUCAAGACUCUAAAGUCGAAUAAUUAGGUUAAUCUGAGAAUUUUGGAGAAAAUCCAGUUAAAAAAUUAAAGACUGAAUCUCUUAGCAUGAACAAGGCUUUAAAAUUCGUAGUUCACAAAACAUGUAACAAAGCAAGGGCAUCUACCCUUACAUUACCUCACGGUGAAGUUUUAACUCCUGUUUAUAUGCCAGUAGGAACAAAGGGUACUAUAAAGGGAUUAACAUCCUAAGAAAUGGAAAAUCUUGGUUGCAGAUUACUUCUAGGUAACACAUACCAUCUUGCUUACUAGCCUGGUGGAGAUUAUUUAGAAAAAGUUGGUGGUUUGCAUAAGUUUAUGAAUUGGAAAUAUAAUAUUUUGACAGAUUCUGGUGGUUUUUAAAUGGUUUCACUUUCUAAAUUAUGUGAAAUUUCUGAAGAAGGUGUAAAGUUUGAAUCACCAGUUGAUGGAUCUGAAAUGUUUUUAAGACCUGAAGAUUCUGUUCAUAAUUAGAAUUAAAUUGGAGCUGAUAUAAUGAUGGCUCUUGAUGAUGUAGUAUAAACAACAACUGUAGGAGAAAGAAUGAAAAUUGCAUGUGAAAGAACAGUCAGAUGGAUUGAUAGAAAUAUUUAAGCUCAUGAAAGAAAAGAAGUUUAAAAUCUUUACCCUAUCGUAUAAGGCGGUUUAGAUUUUGGCUUGAGAAAAUACUGUUUAGAUGAAUUAAUUAAAAGAGAUGCUCCAGGAUACGCUAUAGGUGGUUUAGCAGGAGGAGAAGACAAAUAAGAUUUUUGGAAGAUAGUCAAUUUUUGUACAGAUCACUUACCAUAAGAUAAGCCAAGAUAUCUUAUGGGAGUUGGAUAUCCUGAUGAUUUGAUUGUUUGCUCAUGUUUAGGUGUUGAUUAGUUUGACUGUGUUUUCUCUACAAGAACUGCAAGAUUUGGAACUGCUUUUACUAAGUAUGGAUUUAUGAGAUUAAAAAAUGCUGAUAAAGAAUUCGACCUUAAGCCUAUUGAAGAAGGCUGUGAAUGUCCAACUUGCCAAAGAUAUUCAAGAUCAUUCCUUCACAAUACUAUAGCCAAGGAAGAAACUGCUUGUCAUUUGAUUUCAUAGCACAAUUUAUAUUUCUUACUAAAUUUGAUGAAAUAAUUUAGACAAUCAAUUUUAGAUGGUAGAAUGGAAGAAUUUGUUAAUGAGUUCUUUAAAAACUAUUUCAGCCAUGAAAAGUAAAUUCCAUAGUGGAUACAAGAUGCUAUGGUUGCUGCUAAGAUAAACUUAAAUAUAAAAUUUGAUGAGUGAUAUAAUUUAUUAGUUGAUGUAUUAUUAUUUUUUUGUGAUCUUUUAAUGUAAAUAGUAAAUUAAUUUAACGAAAAUUAAAUCUAUCAAUUAUAAUAUUUUAUUGUAUGAACA